GGCUAGCCUCGUGAGGUCACAAUGGCCAGCCCAUUUGCCGUGUUCGACAGCAGCGCCAAGCUGAGCCUCGUCAAACUCUGCAAGGCGUGGGGGGGCAUUCACGCGGCGGAGGAGUCUGUUUUCGGCAGUAGCAAGUGCAACCAUCACGACGCCCUCAAGGUGCUCGCCACCAAGCCGCUGGACGAGCAGAAGCGCCACCUGCAGGAGCUCAAGGAGGAGGCCAAGGCCGCCGCCAAGAAGAUGGGUGAGAUGGAGAAAGAGCUGGCGGAGGAGCGUGGAGCGAUGCAGAUCUUCGUCAAGACACUCACUGGUGAGGCCGAAGCGUUCUGAUAUCCAUGUCACUGAUUGCAAGAGAUCUGUGUGUUCGUUGUGUCAUGCAGGCAGGACUUUCACCAUGCGUUGUGAUCCGGACGAGUCGGUGUCUGCCGUCAAGCUCAAGCUGCAGCUCACGUCCGGCGCCCCUGCCGACCAGCAGCGCCUGAUGUUCGCCGGCAGCCAGCUGAAGGACGACCGCAUUCUGGAAGACUACAAGAUCCCCCGCGAGGCGGUUCUUCAGCUGGUGCUCAGGUGAGGAGAAGCGGGCAUUCAUCGACAUGGUGCCCGGUGUAUGCACAUCUGUUGAUGCAUGCAUGUCUUGUAGACUUCGUGGUGGCAUGUUCCACGCCACCAGUGGCCGUCAUGGCUUCGAGGCGAGCAGCGGUGUGUCGGCCGAGGAGGAGGCGGUGCUGGCGGGCAUGGAGUGGCACGGGGAGUCGCUGGUGGUGGCCUGGGGCGGCAGCGAGGAGAUGCUGCAGCUGGUGGACGAGGUGACCCAGGCCUUCGAGGACAUGGCCAACAUGAGCAACAUCCUGCUCAAGAAACUCAAAGCCAACUGA